AAGCAGUGAUGGCGGCGGCGGAGGAGGUGCCGUCGGUGCCACCGGAUCCCAAGGCUCCGGAUCCGGGGGGGGUCAGCACCGGAGCUGCCCCCCCCCAACCCCAACCCAUGCCCCGCCCCCGGAGCAGCAGCAUCGUGGUGAGCCCCAGGCAGCGUGGGAACCCAGUGCUGCGCUUCAUCCGGAAUGUUCCAUGGGAAUAUGGGGACACUGUCGCUGACUACGUCCUGGGACAGAGCUCCUGCGCCCUGUUCCUCAGCCUGCGCUAUCACCACCUUCACCCUGAUUACAUCCAUCAGCGCCUGCGGGAGCUGGGCAGGGGCUUUGUGCUGCGGGUGCUGCUGCUGCAGGUGGAUGUGAAGGAUCCCCAGAGGGCACUGAUGGACCUGGCCAAGAUCUGUGUCCUGAGUGACUGCACCCUCCUGCUGGCCUGGAGCCCCGAGGAGGCCGCUCGGUACCUGGAGACCUUCAAAGCCUUCGAGCAGAAGCCUCCGGAUCUGCUGCGGGAGCGACGGGAGCGCGGCUUCGUGCCCACGAUGAGCGACUGCUUGACCAGCAUCAAGGCAGUGAACAGGACAGAUGCCCUGAGCCUGCUCAGCACCUUUGGGUCACUUGCAGCCAUGGCAGCUGCUUCCAAGGAGGAUCUAUCCCUUUGUCCUGGUGUGGGGCCCCAAAAGGCCAAGCGCCUCUUUGAUGUCCUGCACGAGCCCUUCCUGCAGACCCCUAAGUGAGCCCUGUCCCUAUCCCGAAUAAAGUGGGAUUUAUCCAUGGAA